AUGGCGAGAGGAAACAAGAAACCUGCAGCUACAAAGGCCAAGCCGCAGAAACAAUCAAGACCCAAUACUUCCAAGGAGAUUGAAAACUCGGACUCGACCCAAUCCGUGCCAUUGGCAUUGCAGCAGAAAUGUCUCGAUAUCUUCCAGCGCGCCUUGAAACCUGGCGAGGAUGAUACGAAGGUCUUGCAGGAGGUCAAGGGGCAUUUGUACAAUCGCGACUUUGCCGCUGCCUUUGGACAGGAUGAUUAUCUGCGGGUCUAUGCUUCGAGAUGGAGUCCUAGUCGAGCGCUUGGGUAUCUGCAGGUCUUGAUCGAUGUACAAGAUGUGCUCUUUCAGGGCUCGCAGGCUUCUGUCGAUUCCGAAGACCAAGCAUACAAAACCGUAUGUCUUGGCGGCGGUGCUGGUGCUGAAGUCGUAGCUUUGGCAGCCUGGAUUCAUCGACAAGACGACGAUUCGGACGUAUCUCCUCUGAAGAGUCUACAAGCCGACUUCGUGGACAUUGCUGCUUGGCAAAACGUCGUCAGUUCCCUCCACGAGGCUGUGACCACGCCUCAAGAGCUCUCAAAGUAUGCUUCAGCGGCCGCACGAGAAGCCAACAUCGCCAUGGUACCUGGCAAUGCCUAUUCAGCAAAAUUCGAUCAGAUCGAUGUCCUCGCACUGGAUCUGUCGAAUUGGCAAGAACGACUGAACCAGGUCGAUCUCGUUACGUUGAUGUUCACCCUCAACGAGCUCUACUCCACCUCCAUGGCCAAGACGCAGAAAAUGCUGGCUCAUAUCACCGACUGCUUAGCCCCUGGCGCACAUUUGCUCGUCGUGGAUAGUCCUGGCAGCUACUCCACCGUCUCGAUCAAUGGAGCAGAAAAGAGAUACCCCAUGCACUGGCUUCUGGACUUCACUUUGAUUGGAUCGCAGCAGAGCCGCGAGGAUGGGGAUGUACCUGCGAAGUGGGAGAAGCUGGUGUCGGACGAGUCGAAGUGGUUCCGUCUCCUUCAAGGUCUAAGAUAUGCGAUUGAACUGGAGAAUAUGAGGUAUCAGAUCCAUCUUUAUCGAAGGCUUCCGGAUUGA